AUCCAUGAGAGUUCGGAGCCUUCCCUUUCUCCCCACUAUUUCUCAGCAGACGUGAAGUGGUGGCAGCAGCAGCGUCGAGUCGAGCGACGCCGUUCACCGGUUCACAUUCUUCGGUCGUCUACGGUCGAAGGAAGUACGCGGCCUUUGUUUGCACUUGCAUUACGUACGUUUACGAUCGACGCGCAUCUACAAGCCCUGCUGCUGUCGUUUUCGGUGAAAAUCAGUGCGAUCAGGAUGUGGCGUGAACCUCCAGGAGGGGGGUGUAAAGCACCUACCUACAUCUUCGCUAUGAUUCUACUGGCUCUACUGGCAUUGACGAAUGUUGCUAUCGCUGAGGAUGAAUCUAUGGGACCCGUUUUCGUUAAGGAACCACCAAACAGAGUCGAUUUUUCAAAUGGAACUGGAGCUGUCGUUGAAUGCCAGGCUAGAGGAAAUCCCCAACCGGACAUUAUCUGGGUUCGUGGCGAUGGCACUGCUGUUGGAGACGUUCCUGGAUUGAGACAGGUCCUACCGAAUGGAAAUUUGGUCUUCCCUCCUUUCCGUGCCGAGGAUUAUCGUCAAGAGGUUCAUGCUCAGGUUUACAGCUGUCUCGCACGUUCCCCAGCCGGUUCAGUUCACAGCCGAGAUGUUAAUGUAAGAGCCGUCGUUUCGCAGUUUUUUGUCACCGAGGCUGAGAACGAGUAUGUGAUCCGAGCAAACAGCGCGAUCAUGAAAUGCAAAAUACCGAGUUUCGUAUCGGAGUUCGUUCAGGUGGAUCAGUGGGUUGCCGAUGAUGGGACAGUGUACACGCCUGGAGAGGAGUACGUGGUCCAGCAAUUCUACGAGACGAGAGUCAUCGACGAGUUCGUCUUACGCGGUAAUACGGCAACCUUGAAGUGUCUUGUGCCCAGCUUCGUGGCGGAUUUUGUAGACGUGAUCGAGUGGCUUGCAGUUGAGGACGGUUCGACAUAUACCUCUAGUAAUCAAGACGAAAAGGAUGGAAAAUACUUGGUUUUACCCUCUGGAGAACUGCACAUCAGAGAUGUUGGACCUGAAGACGGAUACAAGACCUAUCAAUGCCGCACGAAACACAGACUCACCGGAGAAACAAGAUUAUCUGCUACUAAGGGACGUCUCGUCAUUACCGAACCAGUAGGAAGUAAAGCACCAGCGUUUACUGGCGGUGACGUAAAAGGCGUAUGGAUGGAAAAAGGGAUGAAUUCUAGCAUCGUACUGCAGUGUCCAGCGCAGGCUUAUCCUGUGCCAUCAUUUAGAUGGUACAAGUUCAUUGAAGGCUCCUCCCGUCGUCAACCUGUUCAGCUAAAUGAUCGUGUUCGUCAGGUCAGCGGUACUUUGAUUAUUCGUGAGGCUCGUGUUGAAGAUUCCGGCAAAUAUCUUUGCAUCGUUAAUAAUUCCGUUGGUGGUGAAAGCGUGGAAACUGUUUUGACCGUUACUGCACCCCUUGCCGCUGAAAUCGAACCCAGCACACAGACAGUUGAUUUUGGAAGACCAGCUACUUUCAAUUGCAACGUUAGAGGCAAUCCGAUUAAGACGAUUUCAUGGUUGAAAGAUGGCAAGCCACUUGGACUCGAGGAACCAGUACUUAGGAUCGAAAGUGUUAAGAAGGAAGACAAGGGAAUGUAUCAAUGUUUCGUUAGAAAUGAUCAGGAAAGUGCUCAAGCUACUGCUGAAUUGAAACUUGGAGGAAGAUUCGAACCACCACAGAUCCGUCAGGCUUUCACCGAGGAGACUCUUCAACCCGGACCCAGCAUGUUCUUGAAGUGUGUUGCCAGUGGAAACCCUACACCAGAAAUAACCUGGGAACUCGAUGGAAAACGGCUAUCUAACACGGAAAGAGGACAAGUAGGACAAUACGUUACGGUCAAUGGUGAUGUCGUCUCUCAUUUGAACAUCUCUAGCAUUCAUACCAACGAUGGAGGUCUUUACAAAUGUAUUGCUGCAUCAAAGGUUGGCUCUGCUGAACACUCUGCUCGUCUUAAUGUUUACGGCUUACCCUUCAUUCGUCAUAUGGACAAGAAAGCUAUCGUCGCUGGUGAAACUCUACGUGUUACUUGCCCCGUUGCUGGUUAUCCUAUUGAAAGUAUUGUAUGGGAACGUGACACCAGGGUACUUCCGAUUAACAGAAAACAAAAGGUCUUCCCGAAUGGCACUCUCAUCAUUGAAAACGUCGAACGAAUGAGCGAUCAGGCUACGUACACGUGUGUUGCCAGAAAUGCACAGGGUUACAGCGCUCGAGGAACAUUGGAAGUUCAAGUUAUGGUUGCACCACAGAUCUUUCCCUUUUCGUUUGGCGACGAACCGGUGAACUCGGGCGAGGCGAUAUCGGCCACCUGCUCCAUUCAAAAAGGAGACUUCCCGAUGGACAUUUCGUGGGCCUUCAACGGCGAACCGAUAAACGACGAACAUAAAGAUCAAUUUGUUAUAACGAAAAGCAAACGUCUGAGUGUAUUACAAAUCGAUGCCGUUGCCGCAAGACACGUGGGAGUAUAUACUUGCACAGUGUCGAACAAUGCCGGUGCUUCCAGUCACAUGGCUGCUCUAGCUGUGAACGUCGCGCCACAGAUAGUACCGUUUUCGAUCAGCGACGAGCCUGCAAAUUGGGGAGAAGCGGUCUCGGCUGUUUGUACGGUCGGAAAGGGUGACUUACCGAUCGAGGUUUCGUGGGCUUUAAACGGUGAGCCCAUUAACGACGCCAAUCACGAAGACGUUUCUAUAUCGAGCACUGGAAAACGGGUCAGCCUAAUGACGAUCGAGGCCGUAAGCGCGAGGCACGCCGGAGAGUAUACUUGUACAGCCUCGAACGCAGCUGGAGCUACUAGUUAUUCGGCUAUGUUGGCAGUAAACGUGCCACCUCGUUGGAUUCUGGAACCUACUGAUAAAGCUUUCGCACAAGGCUCUGAUGCACGCGUUGAAUGUAAAGCCGAUGGUUUCCCGAAGCCCCAGAUCACAUGGAAGAGAGCUGCUGGAGAUACUCCUGGUGAUUAUACUGACUUGAAAUUGAGCAAUCCCGAUAUUAGUGUUGAAGAUGGAACCCUCUCGAUCAAUAACAUUCAAAAGACCAAUGAAGGCUAUUAUCUUUGUGAGGCUGUUAACGGUAUUGGAGCUGGACUUUCUGCUGUCAUUCUCAUCUCUGUUCAAGCACCUCCUCACUUUGAGAUCAAGCUCAGAAAUCAGACCGCACGACGUGGUGAACCAGCUGUAUUACAAUGCGAGGCACAAGGCGAGAAACCAAUUGGCAUUUUAUGGAACAUGAACAACAAGAGACUUGACCCGAAGAGUGAUUCACGUUAUACCAUUCGAGAAGAGAUUUUGGCUAAUGGUGUUCUGUCUGAUCUUAGUAUUAAGAGAACUGAAAGAAGUGACUCGGCUUUGUUUACCUGUGUUGCAACGAAUGCUUUUGGCAGCGAUGAUACCAGCAUCAACAUGAUUGUUCAAGAGGUACCGGAAGUUCCUUAUGGUCUUAAAGUAUUGGAUAAGUCUGGACGUUCAGUUCAAUUGUCAUGGGCAGCUCCAUACGACGGAAAUAGUCCCAUUAAACGAUACGUUAUCGAAUACAAAAUCAGCAAGGGCUCCUGGGAAACCGAUAUCGAUAGAGUACUUGUGCCUGGCUCUCAACAAAACGUAGCUGGUGUGUUCAAUCUGAGACCUGCCACAACUUAUCAUCUCCGAAUUGUCGCUGAAAACGAAAUUGGAACGUCUGACCCAUCUGAUACCGUAACUAUUAUCACUGCCGAAGAAGCUCCAAGUGGCCCACCUACUUCCGUCAGAGUCGAUGCUCUUGAUCAACAUACUCUCAAGGUAACCUGGAAACCACCCCCACGUGAAGACUGGAACGGCGAGAUUCUUGGCUAUUAUGUCGGCUAUAGGCUUUCAUCCUCAGACAAACCAUACAUGUUUGAAACCGUUGAAUUUUCUAAGGAAGAUGGAAAGGAACAUCACUUGCAGAUCAUGAAUCUUAAGACCUACACUCAAUACAGCGUCGUUGUUCAAGCAUUCAACAAAGUUGGUUCUGGACCGAUGAGCGAGGAACGAAGACAACACACGGCUGAAGGUGUACCCGAGCAACCACCCCACGAUACGACUUGUACUACUCUCACUUCGCAAACUAUCAGAGUUUCAUGGAUGUCGCCUCCUCUUAGUGCUGCAAAUGGUGUUAUUACUGGUUACAAGGUCAUUUACGGUCCAUCUGAUACCUGGUAUGAUGAGAAUACGAAGGAUACCAAGAUCACCUCCUCCAGCGAAACCAUUUUACAUGGCUUGAAGAAAUACACAAAUUACAGCAUGCAAGUUUUGGCCUUUACCUCUGGUGGCGAUGGCGUUAAAUCUGCACCGAUCCAUUGUCAAACUGAACAAGAUGCCCCUGAAGCACCAAUCGCCGUAAAAGCACUCGUCAUGUCUCCUGAAUCGAUUCUCGUUUCUUGGCGCCCACCAAAUCAACCAAAUGGAGUAAUAUCGCAAUACACUGUUUACACUAAAGCUGACAAUGCAGAGGAACCAACUAGCCAGAAAGUACCACCAAAUCAAUUGACUUACGAAGCUACUGGACUUGACAAACAACGUAGAUACGAAUUCUGGGUAACUGCUAGCACAAACAUUGGUGAAGGAGAAGCUUCUAAGAUUGUGACAUUGGGACCAAGUGUACGAGUACCGGCCAAGAUUGCAUCAUUCGACGACAAAUUCACUGCAACUUACAAGGAAGAUGUAAAACUACCCUGUCUUGCUGUUGGCGUACCUGCACCGGAAGUAACAUGGAAAGUACGAGGCUCUGUUCUUCAACCCAGUGACAGAUUGAGACAAUUACCAGAAGGAUCUCUAUUCAUUAAAGAAGUCGACCGUGCCGAUGCUGGAGAAUAUUCAUGCUAUGUUGAAAACUCUUUUGGACAUGAUACCGUUACUCACCAACUCAUCGUUAAUGCUCCACCACAUUCACCACAAGUCACUCUUACUGCUACCACCACGAAUUCGCUUACGAUGAAAUUACGACCUCACCCAACUGAUAAUGCACCUAUUCAUGGAUAUACGAUUCACUACAAACCUGAAUUUGGCGACUGGGAAACUGUUCAAAUUAGUUCUACGGCACAGAAAUAUACUCUGGAAAACUUAUGGUGCGGUUCUCGAUAUCAGAUCUAUGUUACGGCAUAUAAUGGCAUUGGCACUGGCGACCCAUCAGAUAUUUUGAACACUCGUACCAAAGGAUCUAAACCCAUCAUUCCUGAAGCAGCAAGAUUUAUUGAAGUAUCAACCAACAGCAUUACUCUUCACUUGAGCGCUUGGUCUGACGGUGGCUGCCCCAUGUUAUACUUUGUCGUUGAGCAUAAGAAGAAGCAUCAGCAAGAAUGGAAUCAGGUAUCGAACAAUGUUAAACCAGGCGGUAACUUCGUAGUUUUGGAUUUGGAUCCUGCUAGCUGGUAUCAUCUUCGUGUUACGGCUCAUAAUAAUGCCGGAUUCGCGGUAGCCGAGUAUGAAUUUGCAACUUUGACUGUAACUGGAGGUACGAUUGCUCCGCCGGUACGUAACGAUGAUAACAAGAAUACCGACGUCAGACGUUAUUUCCCAUGGUUACCGAGUUGGCUCGAUGUUAACGUUGUAGUACCGGUUGGAGCUACGAUCGUUGUCAUUAUCGUAGGAAUUGUCGUCAUUUGCGUCGCAUUGUCUAGACGAACCCGAGGCCCGGAACAAACACGGCUGCGAGGUAUCUCUUCAGCCGACGAGAAAUAUUACGAGGGACAAUAUGAUGUAGUAUAUCAACAAACCGGUGUUGGUGGCGCUACACUCGACAAACGCAGGCCUGAUCUCCGAGAUGAAUUAGGAUACAUCGCACCACCGAAUCGCAAACUUCCACCUGUUCCUGGCUCCAACUAUAAUACUUGCGAUCGCAUCAAGCGAGGUACAGUGAUAAGUACAACAGGUUCGUUGAGAAGCCAUUCAACGUGGGAUCCAAGGAGGCACAUGUAUGAGGAAUUAAAUCAUUGUGCACCAAGCAGAAGGUGCCCACCUCCACCGCGUAUGGGCAGUUCGGAGGGCCUCUCUCACAGAGGCAUGGAAGAUGAGAUCUGCCCGUACGCUACUUUCCACUUAUUAGGAUUCCGUGAAGAAAUGGACCCGAGCAAGGCUAUGCAAUUCCAGACUUUCCCUCACCAAGGAAAUGGACAUUCCGGAACUAUGGGACCACCAGUUGGACAUCCGACUAACGCUUCUGCUCACAGUCGCUCUGGAUCUCAAUCUAUGCCCCGUCAGAAUGGCCGAUACUCUAGAGUACCAUCCCAAGGAGGUGGCAGCGGAACCCACGUUUUCUCUCCCGAAUAUGACGAUCCUGCUAAUUGCGCUCCCGAAGAAGAUCAAUACGGCUCUCAAUAUGGACAAUACGGUGCUCCUUAUGAUCAUUAUGGAUCUCGUGGAUCGGUUGGCCGUCGUAGCGUUGGAUCUGCUCGUAACUUACCUGUCUCUGGAUCACCUGAACCACCUCCACCACCACCAAGGAAUCACGAUCAGAACAACUCGAGUUUCAACGACAGCAAGGAAAGCAACGAGAUUAGUGAAGCUGAAUGUGACCGUGAUCAACUUGUCAACCGCAACUAUGGCGUGAAUGCUCGCGGCAAGGACGGCAUGACCACCGAGGAGAUGCGUAAACUCAUAGAGAGGAAGCCAAACGAAGCCCCCGGCCGGCAAACCGGCAGUCCCCACGGCGGUCACGGGGGACUCCUCACACCCUACGAUACUGUGGCAGUGUAACCUGUAAAUCCAUCAUCAUCCAUGGUCUUCCGACUCUCUCGUUGACUGCGACCGAAGAUUCGAGAGAAACGGAAACGAAGCGCACGCUAACUCUUCCCCCGGUGCUGUCGUCGGUCCAAUUUGUAAUGAUUUUAACGAUUUAAAAAAGGAAAAAAAGAAAAACUAAAAAAAAACAGAAAAACAAAAACAAAUCACAAAAUAACAUCGUCGCGAAUAGAUUCUAAAAUUCGAUGAAUUAAAUUUGAAAAAGGUUGUGUACAUGUUUAUCAGAUGUACGUACGUACGAGACAACGAGCAUCGUCCUCGCGACGAGGACCACCUCCUUCGGCCGUUCUUGACCAUAUCUCGAAUAACUUCUAUAUUCUCGUUGGCCUUUUCUCUUUGUUUUGUCUCUCAUUUAGAUUUCUUCUAAUUUUUAAUUUUUCGUUUCAUUUAUUAGUAUUGACUUUUGAUUUUCCCUCAUUUUAUCAAAGGCCAGACUCGAAACUGCCUCUCUAAUUGACUGCCUAACGAGGACGAAGGAGGUCGAAAAGGUCGACGGCUAAAAAUAAAAAUAAUAACAAUUGAUUAGCGAGUUCGUCAUAUAAGAGUUGUCUCAUCUCGGAUCUCACGCGCUUCGUGAUACCCGGUACAGGUUCGCGGAUGCUCUCGUACGACAGCGAAACAAAACGAAAUAACAAUAAGGAAAUAGCAUACAAACAUAUAGGAAAUGCAUAUAUGAAAAAAAAAGAAAAAAAAAUAGUAAAACGAAAAAAAAACAACAAUAGAAAAAGAUCAAGGGAAAAAAGAAAAGAAAAGCGUGCUCUCGGCGACAGUUCAUUUUUCGGGGGUUUUACGCGGAAAAUCCUAGGUUAAAGAUCACGUCUCAUUCUAUUGGACGCAUCGAGACGAAACAUGAGAUUAGUUACUCGCUUUUAAGUCAUGGUUGUGCCACACUGCCGCUAUCCGCAGGCAUACAUACAUAUAUAUGUUACGUAUAUGUACGUACAUAACAUAUAACGGAUAUAACAGAUAUAUACAUAAUAUACGAUUUAUAAUUUCGUAACGAAGGUUGUGUCCCCCCGGGGAUCGAAGAUAUAUCGAGUCUCAAUGUCGCGGAGAGCAAGUGUAGAGAUCGUCAUGUCAUUGUAUCGUCGUGUCGUCGUGUCGUCGUCGUCGUCGUCGUCGUCCGUUGAGCAAAAACGAUAAGAAACAAAAAUGAAUUAAAUCUAAAUUGAAAUCUCUUGCCGAUAGACUUAUCCGAAGGAAGAACGCGGCACGUCAUCAGAAAAAUUAUUAAAGAAAAAAAAAUAAACAAAUAUAAUCCUCAUUACGUACUCUCUUUACAGGCUACGCGCACAUAAAAAUACAUUUACACUCAUAUUGAAUCUCUCGCAAUACACAAGUUUCACAUACAAGCUAUACUUGCUGUCGGUUUUUAAUCGUCCUAAUAUAAAAAAAAAAAUAUAUAUAUAUAUACAUAUAUAAAUACGUGUAUGAUGUGAGUCCGGCGCGUGUAUACGUAUUUAUAGAUCUACGCGUAUGUAUUAUUGAUAAUUAAUUAGUCCGCUCUAAUCACACCUAUAUUAGCCGCGCUAAAUUUUUUGCUCGAGUUGAAGUUCGAAGGAUAACGCGACGAUGAUUAUUAGAAACGUAAUAAGUGAGUCGAAUAAGUAACAAAGCAUAAUGAGUGAAUAAAUAAAAGAAACAUAGAUAGGCAUUAAGUUGGACGGAUGGUCGCGAGACAAUAAUCACCGUUUUUCUUAGGCAGCCUAACAAUACGUCGAUCGUUGUCGAUUGAUAGAUGACCAUCAUGUUCGAUAAGAAUAGAGAAGCGAAGUAGAGAAAAGCGGACUUUCCUGGCGAAAGUAUCCUCUUUUAGAAUUCCAUAGUGCUUUUCUCAAAAUAUCUAGGCUCCUAGAUUUCUCGUCUUUCGAACAAUUAAUCUCGUCGCAUGAUCGACGUCGUGCAAGGAUGCGAUGACGGCGUUUGUCUCAUAGUUUGUUUUUAUCACGUCACUAUUUCUAGAUAUAUACAUAUUAUAUAAAUAUAUAUAUAUGUAUAUAUAUAUAUAUAUAUAUAUAUAUAUAUAUAUAUAUAUAUAUAUGAUUAACCUAACAUAUAAAUACGUUGUAAGUAGGAUAUCUCUAGGUGUCGCGUUCAUUUGCCGAGGCGACGAUACGAAACGGACACCGGUUGGCCGAUAAUUGUAUUAUUAUUAUUAUUAUUAUUAUUAUUCGUCUUCUUCUUCUUAUUAUUAUUAUUACAACAACUAUUUACUAAUUAUUAUUACUACUAUUGACAUUAUUAAUGCGCGAAGGAAGGACGUUGUCUCUUUUUCUUGUGGACGACGAAAAAAGGAUCUCUUAAGCUCUUUUAAUAAAUCUCUGAAAUUUUCAUAUCCCUCUAGGAUACGAUUAGGAAUUUUCCAUAAUAUUCUAAUAUUCGGCCAGCCGGCUCCGUUUCGGCGAAGCCGCAGCAUUUUACUCAUCGAUGUGAUUUUAGAAGUUUUUGCGCAAAGUCUUGUGUAUGUGUUGUUAUAAUGUAAUAACGAUCACGCUAUAUCAGAUUAA